UUAUUCCUUUUCUUUUCAGGGACAACUGAAGGAAGUGACCAUCUAAAUACAGUGCUUGGACCAUCAGUAUGGCUGGAACAGCAGUAGAUUCACUAGAAUUAGCAAAAGCCAGCACCGAGGUUGCAACCGCAAUGAUUGCAGUGAAGAAUGCAAUAUCAGUUGUUGAAAGCUUAGAAAAAUUAGCCUCUGCUGCUGGAGCAACAGGAGCUAUAUUUGGGGUAGCAGCAGCAAUUGUUAAACUUGCUUUGGGUAAUGUGGAGAGUGAGGAGUUGAGAUACAUGAAGGAGCAGUUCCAGAUUGUCAGAAAUAAGCUGGACAUCAUUUCAGAUCAGGUUCAGCAAGUGCUUCGGGCUAUCGAACAAAGCACAGUUAAUAAUCAGUACUUCCCCAUUGAAGUGAAUCUGAAAAACCAAUUCAGGAAGUACAUGGACAUCCUGAAUGCAACAGCGGAAUUCCGGGAGAAUGAGAAACAAGAGUUCCUCACACACUUCAAUGCGACUAAAGGUGACCAGAACCUUCACACUCUCUUUGAUGCAGUGAUGGGAUAUUCUGCCGUCUUUGGCAAACCCAUUCUGGAAACUGCCAUGGAAUAUGACCAGAGGAAUCGGCGUCUGAUAGAGGGUCUCUGCUCCCAUCUCAAGGAGCUCUUCUGCAUUGGCCUGAUUGCCCUGGUGGGUCACUCCGCUAUCACUGGGACCGAUGUAGAGGCAUUGAAGACAGAAUGGAAUGAGAAAAUGGCCAAAGUAGACAGUAAAAUGAAAUCCAUGAUAGAUCGGUGCAUCAAUGAGUUUGCUAACCAGGUAGAAAUAGAUGUUAAGAAAAUGUUAAAUGAAAGAGGUGGAAGAAAUAACUGUGAAUGUGCAAGUUACAUUCUAGGUGGUUUAUUGAAGAAAUAUGACUGGAUUAAUUGGUCUGUUCGGGUCUACAACCCUGUCCAUACCUUUAAGAAUCACUGGGUGAAUGGUUACAAUCGAUUUGAUCUUUUCAGACACAAUGGGGUUAAUGCUGUUGUCUCCUUUGCAAUUGAUCCAAAACCAAUUGAUAAAAGUUACAUAAGGAAGUUAAUGGAGGGGAAAGAUGGCUGGUCUGAUGCAAGAGAGGUUGCAGAACAUGUGUACAAUAACCUUCCCUCUGGGCAUGUUGUACACGUAGUGAGACGCUACAAGGGUCUGUGGUAUCACGGUAACUUUCCUGCAGAUUGUCAUUUCUGGGAAAAUUACUCAGGUGUCACUCUGUGUGUUCAUUCAACAUAAACUGAGCUCUCCUGAGCUUCCCAGUUCCUCCUCCCCUGAGUUGAUGCCGCUGUCCUUCAGGGGAUAAGGUUUUGAGUUUUGGAUACAUUAUUCAUUCAUUGCCAUCUAUUUCACUGGAAACCAAUGAAUUCUUAGAUCACUUCUCGGAAAUUUGACUACAUGUUUGACCAUCUGUGUCUC